AUGAAUUUUGAAUCAUUGGCCAAUGAGUUACUUAUUGAUCUAUUCGAAUAUUUGUCUCCCGUUCAUCUUCUUCAUGCAUUUCAUGGUCUCAAUUCUCGUUUCGACUCUCUUCUUCUUGGUCAUUUUCGAACUCAUGGUCUUGAUUUUCGAUCAAUAUCAAAGCAUCAUAUUUAUACAAUAUGUCGACAUCUUUCAGUAAUCUCUAGUCAAAUAACUUCACUUUAUCUGUCAGAAAAAGACGAUAGACCUGGACAGAUUGAUCGAUUCUAUUAUCAUGGCUUUACUGUGCGUCAGUUCACUCAUUUACAAUCAUUAUCACUGUAUCAUCUUCAUUCUCAAGAUACAAUGAACAAAAUACUAUUAGAUUUACCUUAUUUAUCUAGUAUUACACAUUUGACUUUUGAAGAAUGUUGUUUUACAUAUGAUGAAACGGAUGCUCUCACUUUUGUGAUCAUCAUAUGGAGUUUACCUAAACUUACACAUUGCUAUAUUAACAUACAAUUUAAGCCACAAAUUUGUUUUCCUAUACCAAAACAGCAAUUAUUUGUUCACUGGGAUUGGCAUUCACAUAGUAGCAAUAUUUUCCUCUAUAGUUUACCAUAUGCUUUUGACAACUUUUAUUUUCAAUCUCCUAUUCUAUCAAAAUCAACUUGCCAUUAUGAUAAUCAACAAUGGUCAUAUAAUUAUGUGCGUAGACUUACUUAUAAGGCUAAUUUAUUCGAAUGGUCAACUCUAUCUCAUAUUCAGUUUAAUAGAAUACAAGAACUUUGUGUAUAUCUUCCUAUUAACGAAUAUUUCUGGUCAAUCAUUCCACGACUCGAACGAUUGACAAUACUUGAUGUAUUAUCAAAUGAUGAUAUUGAAAAUUGUGACAUUCAAUUACAAACUUUACUCGAUAGGAUACCUCAUGUAUCUUUUUUACGUCUUCGUAAUUGGUCAUCAACGAUUUCACAAAUGUUAUCAAUUCGAAAAAAAAUUCUUUCACUCUCCCAGUUAGAUUUAAUGUGGUGUAAAUGGUACAAUCAUGAAGAAUGCGUCAUAUUGAAUCAGUUAUUAUUAGAUGUCCAAUGCAAAGUGUUAUUAAUUGAUGUUACAAAUCGAGCAUGUAUACUUGAACUUGUUAAUACAAUUAACAAUCUUCCAGCGGUCAAUGUUCGAUGUCAAGAUGAUAAAUCGAAUAACAGUUCAACAUUGACUGAAGAUGAACUUAUCAAAUGGUUGCAACAAUAUCUGCAAUCUUCACGGUCGAUAACUAGAGACUAUUGUCCAGUGCAUUGUAUUCAAUUAUGGAUUCGUUAA